ACGGGCGGCAUCUUUGCGACGUACCCGCAGUCGUACGAGAACCACGGCAGCGCGUUCGUGUGCGAGAUGCUAGGCACGUUCAUGCUCCUCCUCACCAUCAUGAGCGUCGACGACAACAAGAACAUGCCGACCAACGGCAUCAUGAAGCCGCUCACGGUCGGCGCGAUCGUCGUCGCGAUCGGCAUGAGCUUUGGCAUGCCGACCGGGUAUGCGUUGAACCCGGCCCGCGACUUUGCGCCGCGCGUCUUUACGUACCUCGUCGGGUAUGGCUCCGAGGUCUUUACGGGCGCGAACCACUACUUUUGGGUGCCGAUGGUGGCGCCCAUGGUCGGCGCGACCUUGGGUGCGGGCUGCUACAAGGCGUUUCUGUCCAACCACCAUGACGGCGACGACACCAGCGUGGAUGGCGAAAAGUACCAGCAGCAAACCACACCCCCCGUCGGCGGUUACGUGUAG